AUGACGAAGAACCUUGUUCUCGAUCCCUCUCACGCCGAGGCACCAACUCGCGAUCACCAAAACUACCCCAGCAGUCUACCAGAUGCAAAGGAGACCAAAGUCCACCCUACAAAUGCUGGCGGAGAGAAUGCAAGUCUGUAUUUCGUCGAAUGGGAAGGUGUUCGUAUCAUGACUGAUCCCAACUUCUUGCAUGCUGGAGACCACGUACAUCUCGGACCUGGUGUGACAGGCACAAGACAGACCAAUCCUGCACUUGAUCUGCACGAGCUUCCUCGCAUCGAUGCAGUUUUGUUGUCUCACUACCAUGCGGAUCACUUUGAUGAGAAGGUUGAGGCCUCACUUCGCCGGUCUUUGCCCAUCAUCACCACUCCUCAUGCCAAAGACCACCUUACCUCCAAGGGUGAUGAGGAGUCAUUCAGCCGGGUUUACGAUCUCGACUUCUUCCAGAGCAUGUAUGUCGACAUUCGCAAAUCUGGAACCACACAUGAAGUUACAAACAAGAAAGUGCCGGCUGUCAAGGUGACAGGUAUGCCUGGUAAACAUGUACCUCAGGGUAUGCUGAGCAAAGCCAACGAUAUUCUCGGUGCUGUCCCUCCAACCAAUGGCUGGAUGCUGGAGCUGGGUUACAAAGAGGGCGAUGGCAGCUCUACUGACAGCUUCAAGAAUGGAUACAGAAUCUACAUCUCAGGCGACACUCUCAUGGUCGACGAGCUCAAGGAAAUCCCUGAACGCUACAAGGGUCAAAACAUCGAUCUCAUGUUGAUCCACUUGGGCGGCACCACAAUCCCAUCGCCAAAACUUCCAAUGUUGAUGGUAACCAUGGACGCAAAACAGGGCAUCGAGCUUGUCAGAAUGAUCAACCCUGAUCUGACCAUUCCUAUCCACUACGACCCCCUGGAUGACUUCAAGAAGGAAAUGGAAAAGGCAGGAUUGACUGACAAGGUUGUGUAUCUGGAUCGCAAGGACCAGUACAAGUUUGCUGUUCAACAUGGACAGUGA